UUCUUCACGUGACGCUAGUGGCAGGCGAACAUGGCGACAGCCGCUAGACCUUCCUUCUGGCUGGGAAAUGCCACCCUGAAGGUGCCGCUGGCACUCUUUGCCCUGAACCGACAGCGGCUGUGUGAGCGGUUGCGGAGGAACCCGGCCACGCCGGAGCGGGCCCUGGUGCUGCUGCAGGGUGGGGAGGAGACCCAGCGCUACUGCACGGACACCGGGGUCCUUUUCCGCCAGGAGUCCUUCUUCCACUGGGCAUUUGGUGUCACCGAGCCAGGCUUCUAUGGCACAAUCGACAUCAACACUGGAAAGUCAACGCUGUUCAUGCCCAAGCUUCCUGCCAGCCAUGCCACUUGGAUGGGAAAGAUCCAUUCCAAGGAGCACUUCAAGGAGAAGUAUGCCGUGGACGAAGUCCAGUACACAGAUGAAAUUGCCAGUGUCCUGGCGUCAUGGAGCCCCUCUGUCCUCCUCACUCUGCGCGGUGUCAACACAGACAGUGGCAGUGUCUGCAGGGAGGCCUCCUUCGAGGGCAUCAGCAAGUUCAACGUCAACAACACCAUCCUUCACCCGGAGAUCGUGGAGUGCCGAGUGUUUAAGACGGACAUGGAGCUGGAAGUUCUCCGCUACACCAAUAAGAUCUCCAGUGAGGCCCACCGGGAGGUAAUGAAGGCUGUAAAAGUGGGCAUGAAAGAAUAUGAGAUGGAAAGCCUCUUCGAGCACUACUGCUACUCUCGGGGUGGCAUGCGCCACAGCUCCUACACCUGCAUCUGUGGCAGUGGUGAGAACUCAGCGGUGCUUCACUAUGGACACGCCGGGGCCCCCAAUGACCGCACCGUCCAGGAUGGAGACAUGUGCCUCUUCGACAUGGGUGGCGAGUAUUACUGCUUCGCUUCGGACAUCACCUGCUCCUUUCCCGCCAAUGGCAAGUUCACCACGGACCAGAAGGCCAUCUAUGAGGCGGUGCUGCGCAGCUGCCGUUCGGUCAUGGGUGCCAUGAAGCCAGGCGUCUGGUGGCCCGACAUGCACCGCCUGGCCGAUCGUGUGCACCUGGAGGAGCUGGCCCGCAUUGGCAUACUGAGCGGCAGUGUGGACGCCAUGUUGCAGGCCCACCUGGGAUCCGUGUUCAUGCCCCACGGGCUGGGCCACUUCCUGGGCAUUGAUGUGCACGACGUGGGAGGCUACCCGGAGGGUGUGGAGCGCAUCGAUGAGCCCGGCUUGAAGAGCCUGCGUACCGCGCGGCACCUGGAGGCAGGCAUGGUGCUGACCGUGGAGCCGGGUAUCUACUUUAUCGACCACCUCCUGGAUGAGGCCCUGGCAGACCCCGCACGCGCCUGCUUCUUUAACCGCGAUGUCCUACAGCGCUUCCGAGGGUUUGGUGGGGUCCGCAUCGAGGAGGACGUGGUGGUGACCGAGAGCGGGAUGGAGCUGCUGACCUGUGUGCCGCGCACGGUGGAGGAAAUCGAAGCCUGCAUGGCUGGCCACGACAAGGCCUCCAGCCCCAAGUAGAGCUGACCUGGCAGGCCCAAGGACGGGGCCUGCCCUCAAACCUGCUCUCGCAGGCACAAGCGGGGCCCGCCAGGGGCAAGAGAUGGUGCUCCGACACUGACACCGGAUCAUGUCCAAGAGUGCGGUUUGCUGGGAAGGACGAGUCUUUAUUAUUAAUCUUCAUCUAGAUCACAUCCUUAGUCUGUCAGGCACUUUGCUUAAGGGACCAUGAUUUUUAAAACGUAGGUUGAAAAUACCAUUCUUUCAUUAACAGCCAAACCUGUCCUGCCGCCAUGUGUAUUCCUUUUCUCAGGAAAAAAUGCAUUUCUGAAUCAAUACGUAAUAAAACAUUUCCUAAAAUAA